GGGCUCUUUCUUUGCCGUUGGCCCGUCUUCGCCCGGCCUCGUGGAAGCGUCUGCCAGCAUGUCGGCCAUGGGGACUCUGGCGUUUGACGAGUACGGGCGGCCUUUCCUCAUCCUCAAGGACCAGGAUCGAAAGAGCCGCUCCACAGGCGUGGAGGCCCUCAAGUCUCAUAUAAUGGCAGCCAAGGCAGUGGCCAAUACACUCAGAACUUCACUUGGGCCCAAUGGCCUUGAUAAAAUGAUGGUUGACAAGGAUGGUGAAGUAACUGUGACAAAUGAUGGUGCCACCAUCCUAAAUAUGAUGGAUGUGGACCAUCAAAUUGCUAAACUUAUGGUAGAGCUGGCAAAAUCUCAAGAUGAUGAGAUUGGAGAUGGAACCACAGGAGUUGUUGUUCUUGCAGGUGCACUAUUGGAACAGGCAGAGCACUUAUUGGAUCGUGGUAUUCAUCCUAUCAGAAUAGCAGACGGUUAUGAACAGGCUGCUCGCAUUGCCAUUGAAAACUUGGACAAGAUCAGUGACAGUUUUCCUGUUGAUCCAGAGAACACUGAGCCUCUCAUUCAGACGGCAAAGACAACUCUAGGCUCUAAAGUAAUCAAUCGUUGCCACAGACAAAUGGCAGAAAUAGCUGUAAAUGCAGUACUAACUGUGGCAGAUAUGGAACGUAGAGAUGUUGAUUUUGAGCUGAUUAAAGUCCAAGGCAAAGUUGGUGGUAGACUGGAAGACACCCAGCUAAUAAAAGGUGUGAUUGUGGACAAAGACUUCAGCCAUCCACAAAUGCCUAAAGAAGUCAAAGAUGCUAAAAUUGCAAUUUUGACUUGCCCAUUUGAGCCUCCUAAGCCGAAAACGAAACAUAAGCUUGAUGUUACAUCUGUUGAAGACUACAAGGCAUUGCAGCAGUAUGAGAAGAAUAAGUUUGAUGAGAUGGUGAAACAGAUCAAAGACACUGGUGCAAACCUCGCUAUUUGCCAGUGGGGAUUUGAUGAUGAGGCCAAUCACCUACUGCUUCAGAAUGAGUUGCCUGCUGUUCGCUGGGUUGGGGGCCCUGAAAUAGAAUUGAUCGCCAUUGCAACCGGAGGCCGCAUUGUACCUCGUUUCUGUGAGCUCACACCUGAAAAACUAGGUUUUGCUGGCAUUGUCAGAGAAAUUUCAUUUGGAACAACAAAAGACAAAAUGCUUGUAAUUGAGCAGUGUCAGAAUUCCAGAGCUGUGACCAUCUUCAUUAGAGGUGGAAAUAAAAUGAUAAUUGAAGAAGCUAAACGAUCCCUUCAUGAUGCAUUGUGUGUGAUCAGGAAUCUUGUUCGUGACAACCGCAUUGUUUAUGGCGGAGGUGCUGCUGAGAUUUCCUGUGCGCUGGCUGUUAGUGAAACUGCAGAUAAGUGCCCAUCGCUGGAGCAAUAUGCCAUGAGAGCUUUUGCUGAUGCCCUUGAAGUUAUCCCAAUGUCUCUCUCUGAGAAUAGUGGAAUGAAUCCCAUACAGACCAUGGCUAUGGUGCGGGCUCGGCAAGUGAAGGAAAACAACCCUGCUCUGGGCAUCGAUUGUUUACGCAAAGGGACAAAUGAUAUGAAGGAACAACAUGUCAUAGAAACUUUAAUUGGCAAAAAGCAACAGAUCUCUCUGGCCACUCAGAUGGUUAGAAUGAUUCUGAAGAUUGAUGAUAUUCGCAAGCCAGGUGAAUCUGAAGAAUAAAAGUAUAAAACCUGGAAUGUUGUAACUUCAGUGGCUACAUCAACAGGAUUCCAACUUUUUUCCCCAUAGGCUGUUUUUGUUAUACUUAUUUAGAUCAAUAAAUUACUAUUGUAGCUUCAUCUCUA